GCGAGGCGAAUCGAGUGAUGGAUCGGGUUUGAUGGUGCCGCCUAGCCGAUCCAUGCAGCAGCAGGAGCAGCCGCAGCAGAAUUCUUUUCCUCCUCCUCUCUCGUCCUCGCCCAGCGCCAGCACGAAUGGGCGGAGCAGCGGCAGCGGCAGUGGCAGCAAGCGCUCCCCUUCUUCCUCCUCAAGAACGCUCAUGCAGCGCCUCUCUUGCCUCGUCCUCUCGAUUCUCCUCCGGCAGCACAAGCUCUUGCUGAUUGCGCCCAUUAUCUACAUCUCGGGAAUGCUGCUCUACAUGAGCACCAUGACGCUGGAUUUGCCGCGGGUGAGGAAGCCGGAUCCUCCCGGCUCCAGGUACCGGAGCCCCGAGGUGUUCGCGAAUUUGUGGCCGGCAAUGCGGGCUUCCAACAACACCGGGAUUAAGGCUGUGUGGCAGUUUCCAAAGGAGGGAGAGGGCUGGGUUCCUUGUUUGGAUCGUCAUUCUUCGAAUAGCACUGAUUUGCCUCCAUCGAAUGGAUUCGUGAUGAUAGAGGCAAACGGGGGCUUGAACCAGCAGAGAUCUUCCAUAUGCAACGCUGUUGCUGUAGCAGCACUUUUGAACGCGACCCUUGUUGUCCCGGAGUUUCAUUUUAAUAGUGUUUGGCAGGAUAGGAGCACUUUCGGGGAGAUAUAUGAUGAGCAGCAUUUUAUUAAUGCGCUCCAGAGGGACGUGAGAGUUGUCAGCCGGCUCCCCGAUGAUCUCAUGGACAGCGUAGGCAACCUCAGUAAUAUUUUCAACUUUAGGAUCAAGGCUCUAUCUCCACCCAGCUUUUAUCUCGACAAAGUCCUCCCCAAGCUCCUUGAAACCGGAGUCAUCAGAAUAGCUCCCUUUGCAAACCGUUUAGCGUAUGAUCACAUUCCUCUACCUCUGCAGCGGCUUAGAUGCUUCACUAACUACGAGGCUCUGAGAUUCGCAAAGCCGAUAUCCGACAUUGGCCAGCUGCUAGUUCAGCGUAUGGUAGAGCGCAGCUCUGGGAACGGUGGGAAGUAUGUCGCUGUGCAUUUGCGGUUUGAAGAGGACAUGGUGGCGUUUUCGUGUUGUAUUUACGAUGGAGGCGAAGAGGAAAAGCAGGAGAUGGAUGCUGCACGCGAGAAGGGCUGGAAAGGCAAGUUCAAUAGGAAGGGCCGUAUAAUCAGUCCAGGUGGUAACAGGAUGGAUGGGAAGUGUCCCCUCACUCCACUGGAGGUCGGAAUGAUGCUCAGGGGAAUGGGAUUCAAGAACUCUACGCCCAUAUUUCUGGCUGCAGGGAAGAUUUACAAGGAGGAGAGAACCAUGCUUCCGCUGAAGCAGAUGUUUCCGAGCCUGCAAACUAAAGAAACGUUACUGACAGAUGAGGAGCUUGCACCAUUCAAGAUGCACUCCUCGAGGUUAGCCGCACUGGACUAUACAGUUUGUCUGCACAGCGAGGCUUUUGUCACGACACAAGGUGGCAAUUUCCCACAUUUUUUGAUCGGCCAUAGGCGAUUUCUCAACAAGGGCUACGCGAAAACGAUACGUCCGGACAAGCGAAAGCUGGUGCAACUCUUGGACAGACCCAGCAUCAGCUGGGAAUCGUUCUCAAAGCACUUGCAAGCAAUGCAAAGACACAACGACGUCAAGGGCCACGAGAUGCGCAAGUCGAGCGCUUCGAUCUACACGUACCCGGCCCCGGACUGUAUGUGCCUGGAGAAUCCUCCUCCUCCGCCAAAGCCUCGCGUCAAGCACUCGGGCAGCACAGCCAACGAGUCGGCCACCCUCGUUGGCAUGUGAGCUUCUUAAAGUGAUUUUGUUUCUCUCUUGAAGGUUUGUCUUCGAUUCUUUUGAGCACCACGAGGUGCGGAUACCACGGCGCUGUAAUUUUAAUCUCCCUGGAGGGAUGAUCUCAUUAAAAGAAAAUAUGUAUAGCUAAAA